AUGCUAAGUGUAGCUGCCCAUGAACCGAGCACCAGCGCUCGCUAUCACUCACGGAGCUCCCCUCCGCACCGCGGGCCCGGCCGCCGGCGGUACCGCCUGGCCGGGGCGGGGCGGGGCGAGGCGGCCGCUGAGACGAGGGCCCUGCCGAGGCCCGGGGGGAGGCACCGCCUCACGGCGGCGGCCCCGCAGCCAGCAGAGGGCAGAUGCGGGCCUUUCCCCCCUCAGAGUAAGCAGGAGAUCCACCGCCGCUCCGCGCGGCUGAGGAACACCAAGUACAAGUCGGCGCCCGCCGCGGAGAAGAAGGUUUCCACGAAGGGCAAGGGGAGGAGGCACAUCUUUAAGUUAAAAAACCCCAUCAAAGCUCCUGAGUCUGUGUCCACUAUAAUUACAUCAGAAUCAAUCUUUUAUAAGGGUGUGUACUAUCAAAUCGGAGAUGUUGUUUCAGUGGUCGAUGAGCAGGAUGGAAGAACAUACUACGCUCAGAUCCGUGGGUUUAUUCAGGACCAAUACUGUGAGAAGAGUGCUGCGCUAACCUGGCUCAUUCCUACACAAGCCAGCCCCAAAGAUUGUUUUGACCCAGCAUCCUAUAUCAUAGGACCAGAAGAAGAUCUCCCAAGGAAAAUGGAAUAUUUGGAAUUUGUGUGUCAUGCACCUUCGGAAUAUUUCAAAUCUCGGUCAUCUCCCUUCCCUACUGUUCCUACAAGACCAGAGAAGGGCUAUAUAUGGACUCAUGUGGGACCUACUCCUGCAAUCUCCAUUAAAGAAACUGUUACCAAUAAUUUAUAAUUUUAUAAAGGAAUACUUUGGACGAGUUAUUUUGGGUGUGUUCUCAGGUCUGUGAACCUCAUACAAGACAGUUAAAAAAAUUUAUAAAAUGUUCUUUUUACUUUAUGGAUUAUGGUAUUUAUUUAUUUUAAAUUAUACCAGAACUCUAAAAUAGAAGUUUUCUUUCCCUUUGAUCUGUCAUUUCUGUGCUCUGUUCUUCAGACAUUUUUGCUCAUUUUGGGACAAAACCACAAGUUUCACAUCAUCUUCAACUUUGGUGAGCAAAUAAUUGACUUUUAGUGUUGCUUUUAGUGUUCUUGUUUUCUAACUUUCUUUCCAGAGAAGAAGUUAAAAGACAUACUCUUGACCAUGCAGCACUUUAUAUACUUGUUUGAUUUAGUAAACUGUGACAGCAGUUUUGUUUACUCCUUAAAUAAUUUAAGACUAGCUUCAAAUAAACACUGAACUUGAUCAGUGAUACAGUUACCAGUUUUCUAUUA